AUGAGCUCGUUUCAGGACAACGGCUUCAAGUUUACAGCUAAAGAAGUGCACGAAAUGGAAAGUUUAACCAAUAAGACAGCUUGGGAUAAUGCGGGGUUCGAGGGAUCUCCUCCCAACUCUCCCUUCAAGUCGAAGUCAAGCUUCACCAAUAUUAAGUGUUCUAAGACAUUACCCUGUGCGAUGGGCCUGUGGAGCACGAAACUAACUGAAAAUACGUCCAACAAUCCAGAGCUUUAUAUCAAGACAACCUUGCGAGAGCUGUUGGUUUACAUUGUUUUCCUGGUGGACAUCUGUUUAUUGACCUAUGGAAUGACCAGUUCAAAUACUUUCUAUUACACAAAGGUCAUGUCAAACCUUUUCCUCUCAGCUGCAUCGGACACAGGUGUGUCCUUUCAGACAAUUGGCAGCAUGGCUGACUUCUGGAGUUACACACAGGGUCCAUUGCUGAAUGGAUUGUACUGGACCAAGUGGUACAAUAACGAUUCCUUCUCACGUGGCCCUCAUUCAUUCAUUUACUACGAGAAUAUGGUGCUGGGUGUACCGCGAAUCCGACAGAUAAAAGUAAUGAACAACUCGUGUGUGGUUCACAAGGACUUUCGAGAAGACAUCACUGGAUGCUAUAAUGUUUAUUCAUUAGACAAUGAAAACAAAGCUCCAUUUGGACUUCAAAAUGGAACAGCAUGGACCUACUCUUCCGAGGAACAACUUGGAGGCUCCUCACACUGGGGUAAGCUAACUGUGUACAGUGGUGGUGGUUAUUACCAGGACCUCAAGUCAAAUAUGGUCGAAAGUUCUGCAAUUCUACAGGACCUAAAGGACAACCUGUGGCUGGACAGAGGGACUCGGGCAGUUUUCGUUGAUCUUUCAGUGUAUAAUGCCAACAUUAAUCUGUUCUGCAUUAUAAGGUUGGUAGUAGAAUUCCCUGCAACUGGUGGUGCAGUAACCUCUUGGCAAUUUCGCACAGUGAAACUCAUUCGAUAUGUCAACAACUGGGAUUACUUUAUCAUAGGCUGUGAAAUAGUCUUCUGUGUCUUCAUCUUUUACUACAUUGUGGAAGAGAUACUGGAAAUAAGAAUACAUAAACUGCAAUACAUAAAAUGUAUUUGGAACUGCUUGGACCUGAUGGUAAUAUUGCUUUCUCUAGUUUCAAUAGGUUUCCACAUCUUCCGCACGAUUAAAGUGAACAUAAUAUUGGGAGCAUUGUUGAAGUAUCCUGAAGCCUAUGCUGACUUUGAAUUCUUGGCUUUUUGGCAGACACAGUACAACAACAUGAAUGCAGUCAAUUUGUUUUUUGCUUGGAUCAAAAUUUUCAAGUAUAUUAGUUUUAAUAAGACUAUGACCCAGCUGUCCUCGACACUAGCACGGUGUGCUAAGGACAUUCUUGGUUUUGCGAUUAUGUUCUUCAUCGUUUUCUUCGCCUACGCUCAGCUGGGCUACCUUCUAUUUGGAACCCAGGUAGAGAACUUCAGCACCUUCCUCAAAUGCAUCUUCACGCAGUUUCGAAUUAUCCUGGGUGACUUCAAUUAUGAUGAAAUAGACAACGCCAACAGAAUCUUAGGUCCAAUUUACUUUGUCACAUAUGUAUUCUUUGUUUUCUUUGUCCUUCUUAAUAUGUUCUUGGCUAUUAUAAAUGAUACAUAUUCUGAGGUGAAGGCAGAUCUCUCAGAUCAGAAAGAUGAGCUCCAGAUUACCAACUUUAUCAAGCAGGGAUACAAUAAAGCUCUAACGAAGAUGAAACGGAAGAAAGAGAGGAUUGCUGAUGUUCAAAAAGCACUGCAGAUUGGAUCCAAGGAACUAGGUUUUGAGGAUUUCAAAAACAACCUUAAAGGGUUGGGUCAUUCGGACCAAGAGAUCGCAGAUGCAUUCUCGAAAUAUGACUAUGAUGGCAAUAAGAUUCUGGAUGAGGAGGAACAGACAAGAAUGAAAGAAGAGUUAGAAGAAAAGAAGGUUGCUUUGAGUGUGGAGAUAGAGAACAUGGGAAGGAAUUUUAUGUGUCCAAAUAGCACACACGCCUUUACUCAGUCAAAAGACUUUGAUGAUGAUACAAAAAGCAAUAAGAUCGCCAACAAAGCAAACACUGGCAUAUCAGAUGAAGAGUUCCAAAGUUUGGCACAUCGUGUGAUUCAGCUGGAACAUUUAAUUGGCAACACUGUGUCCAAAAUUGAUGCCAUCACUAUCAAACUUGAGAUUAUGGAAAGAAACAAAGUGAAACGGAAAGACAUGAUGGGAAAACUUCUUGACAGUAUUCAUGAGGAUGCGAGAUGUGGACACAAUGGCCAAGUAGGAAAUACAGAAAAGGAAUAG